AUGGCUGAGCUUCCAUCGCCAAAGCUCGAGGGUGGCCCCAGCCCGCCCGUGCCCCCAACUGUCUUGACUCCAGUUGAGACAGCUCCCUCAGCUCCCUUGGCCGUCACGCCAACCCCUACCACAGCCAAUAUUUCUUCUCCCAAGGCCCCAUCAGACACUGUCACCUCAUCCCCAAAACCCAUGGCACCCAAGGUGAAUGGCAUCGACGAGACUCCCACCACAGAAGAAGUUCCAAUCCGCGAACCGGUACGGGAACCUGAGCCUGAGAAAGUCGAGGUUCCUGCAAUUGAGGGUGAGGAAGGCGAAGAUCGACUAUCCAAGCAGGUCAACGGCAUAAAGAACGGAACUGAUGACGUUGAUGGCGAGAGUGAAUUGAGUGAACCAGAUAGCAACGUUCACUCUCCACCUGGUGUGCAUGAUCUAGCAGACGAGAUAGUUGUUAGCAACAGACCUGAUGAGGAUCAACCUUUUUCACCGAAUCACGCACACUCGGAAGAGGAAGACGAGACCAUGGUAGACGCACAAGAGGAGCACAUCUCGCCGUACCCAAAGCGCAAGCGAACCACGACUAUCAACGGCGCUGGUGAAAAGAUCUCAGACUCCUUUGAUAGCACCCUUGAGGAUAAAGCUGUUGAAACUAUUACGAACGGCAAGCCUAAACCUACGCGACCAGCCGCCGGUGGUGUUAAGGGUAUCAUUCUUGGCCAUUGGAGAGAUUCUGAAGUCCCCGAGGAUGUGCGAAAGCAUGCCGUCAUCGGAUUCAUUGAUAUCCGUGACCGCCUGCGUACACGUAUUCAGCCUGUCAACCUGAUUGGUGAGGUAAUGACAGUCGACUUUCCUCUUCCUCCUGGCCCUGGAGGAAGCUGGGUAACUUUUGACAGAAUCUUCUUUCUGCCUCACCUUGUUGGUCUAGAUCAGUCCCAAAUCAAGGAGUACGUUAGACUUCGUUCAGAGAUGACUGAGGGAACGGACGAGGAGCGUAUUGCUGCCGAGAAGGCUGUGGCGAAGGAUGUUGCUCGGCGAAUUAGGCCUAAUUCUUCAGAUCACCCAACACCCCAGCUACAGAUAGCAUAUGGAUCGAACCUUCCAGAUCACAUGGCUGCUCAUGUCCGUCCAGAUGCGAAGCGACGAAAGACAAGCAGUGGUUUUGCACCCAUCCAUCCAGCCCCUUCUCCAGCGUUGGAUUCACCUCGCGGUGGCCCUUCGCCUGCUUACCAACGGCCUACGCUUGAUACGCUUCCUGGUACUCGACCCACCCGCAUUCUUCUCGGAUACUGGAGUAAGUCGGACGAAAAAGACCCCAAAGAUCGACAUGCGGUCUACGGUAUCCUAGGCCAUAACGACAUGUUCCGUGUCAAGCUUGUUCGCGAGACACGAGAUGGUCGAUAUGUCGAUGGCAACUUCCCUACUGCGCCCGGCGCUCUUUGGAUCGCCUACGAAGAGGUUGAGAUGGAACCACAUCUUAAAAGUUUAGCACGAGCUGAGAUCAAGGAGUAUUGCCGUGUCCGUCAAUAUCAGAUUGAUCAGGGAGAAACAUCCGACGAAAAGGAAGCAAACCAGGUCAAGGCCGCCGCAGAGGCCCAGGCUCGCAUCAGCGGGAACCCUACGACCAUCAAGCACACCGCACCCAGUUCCGUAACGAAUACUUCCGACAAUGUAGAUGAGCCUGACUCCCCUACACAGCGGGGCCUAAGUGGCCAGAAGCUACGUACAUCACGCCGCACAGAGGCCAAAGCCCUCGCUCAAGCACAGGCCCAGGCAGAGCAAGAUAAGAUUGAUCGUGACGAGAGCCGCGUCAACGGGCGGUCACGUCCCUCCAUGGGAGAUGAAGGCCUCAAUGGCCGUGUCAACAAUAUUCGAAGUGAGAGAGCGGUUGCCCUUGCUCAACGGGAAAUCGCCCGAGCUGAGGCCGCCCAGGGGCGUGCUGAUUUGCACGCCUCCCACCGAGAACGUGCUGCAGCAGUUGCGGCGGAGGAAGCAACAGCAGUCGCGGCGGCCGCAGUCGCCACACCCGGGGCGACUACGCCUAACGGCACAUCUCGAUUUGCAGCAUCAGAUGACAUGCAGCGUCUGAACCAGGUUUGGGCACGUCAGGAAUCCCUCAGAGUCAGAGCAGCAUCGGAGGAUGCCAAGGUGUACGAUGGCCGUAAAUAUGAGCGCAAGUCCACAGGCCCUUUUACGGGCAAGCUUGUGGCACAGGGAACGCUCAUUAAUAUCGAUGGAGAGGACUACGUGGAGUACCGAGUUUUAACUCGGCCCUCCUUUUUCUAA